ACAACAGCGGAAACCGUUACAACAGUGACAACAGCAACAACAGUGACAACAGCGACAACAGUGACAACAGCAACAACGGUGACCACAGUAACAGAUGUGACAACAGCGGGAACACCAACGACAGGGACAAACAAGACAACAGAGACAACAGUGAGAAUAGCGACAACAUGGACACCAGUGACAAGAGACAACAGUGACAAGAGAGACAACACUGACACCAGUGACAACGUUGAGAACUGCAACAACAGUGAAAACUGUGACAACAGUGACAACAGUGUCAACAACGACAACAGCGACAACAGUGACAAAAGCGACAACAGGGACAAAAGCGACACCAGCGAAAACAGUAAGAACAGCGACAACAAUGUCAACAGCGACAACAGUGACAACAGUGAUAAAAGCGAAAAAGGCGACAAGAACGACAACAGUGACAAAAGUGACAACAGCAACAACAGUGACAAUAGUGACAACAAUGAACAACUGAGACAACAGCGGAAAAACUUACAACAAUGACAACAGCGACAAGAGAGGCAACAGUGACAACAGUGACAACAGCGACAAGAGCGACAACAGUGACAAAAGUAACAAAAGCGAUGACAGUGACAACAGUGACAGAAGGAACAACAGUGACAACAGUGACAAAAGGGACAAGUGGGACAAGAGGGACAACAGUGACAACAGUGAGAAGAGCGACGACAGGGACAGCAGUGACAACAGCGACAACAGGGACAAGAGUGACAACAGCGACAACAGUGAAAACUUUGAGAACAGCGACAAAAACGACAACAGUGACAACAGUGAAAACAGUGAAAACAGUGACAAAAGUUACAACAGUGACAACAGUAGCAGCAGCAACGACAGUGACAACAGCGACAACAGUGACAACAGCGAAAACAAUGACAACAGUGACAACAGCAACAACAGAAAACACAGAGACAACAAAGACAACAGUGCCAACCGCGAAUACAGUGACAACAGUGACAACAGACAACACUCACAACAGUGACAACAGGUAGAACAUUGACAACGGCGACAACAGUGACAACAGAGACAACACUGAACAACAGGGACAAAAGUGAGAAUAGCGACAACAGCAGCAACAGAGACAACAGUGGCUACAGCAACAGCAGAGACAACUUUAAAAACAGGGACAACAGUGACAACAGAGACAACAUUGACAACAAUGACAACAGUGACAGCAGAGACAAUAUUGACAACAGGCGAGAAUAGCAACAAAGUGACAACAGUUAAAAAAGGAUAAUAGUGACAACAGUGACAGCAGGGACAACAGAGACAACAGCGACAACGGUGACAAAAACGACAACGAAGACAAAAGUGACAACAGCGAAAACAGUGGCGACCACAGUGACAACAGUGAAAAUGGCGACAACAGCGACAACAUUGACAAUAGAGACAACAGCAACAAUAGGGACCACAGCGACAACAGUAACAACAGCGGCAACAGCAACAACAGUGACAACAGCGAAAACAGUGACAACAGCGCAACAGCAAAAACAGUGACCACAGAGACAACAGCGACGACAGCAACAACAGCAAAAACAGAGACAACAUAGACAACACUGUGACAACUGCGACUACAGUGAAAACAUUGACAACAGUGACAACAGUGACAAGAGACAACACGUAACAACAGUGACAACAGUUAGAACAGGGACAAUAGCAGCAACAGAGACAACAGUGGCAACAGGAACAGCACUGACAACUUUAAAAACAGGGACAACAGUCACAACAGAGGAAUCAGUGACAACAGUGACUACACAGCAACAACACUGAAAUAGCGACAACACUGACAACAGCGACAACAUUGAGAACUGCAACAACAGUGACAACUGUGACAACAGUGACAACAGCGUCAACAACGACAACAGCGACAACAGCGACACCAGUGAAAACAGUAAGAACAGCGACAACAAUGUCAACAGCGACAACAGUGACAACAGCGACAACAGUGACAAUAGUGAUACCAGCGAAAAAGGCGACAAGAACGACAACAGUGACAAAAGUGACAACAGCAACAACAGUGACAACAGCAAAAACAGUGACAACGGUGACAACAACGAACAACCGAGACAACAGCGGAAAAACUUACAACAGUGACAACAGCGACAAAAGAGACAACAGUCACGUCAGCGACAAAAGCGACAACAGUGACAACAGUGACAGAAGGAACAACAGUGACAACAGUGACAAAAGCGACAAGUGGGACAAGAGAGACAACAGUGACAACAGUGAGAAGAGCGACGAUAGGGACAACAGUGACAAGAGUGACAACAGCGACAACAGGGACAAGAGUGACAACAGCGACAACAGUGAAAACUGUGAGAAGAGCGACAAAAACGACAACAGUGACAACAGCGAGAACAGCAAAAACUGGGCGAAAAGCGACAACAGUGAUAACACCGACGACAGCGAGAACAAUGAUAACAGCGACAACAUCGACAACAAUGACACCAGUAACAACAGCGAGAACAGCAAAACUGUGACAACAGCGAGAACAGCGAAAACUGUGAGAAAAGCGACAACAGUGACAACAGUGAUAACACCGACAACAGCAACGGCAAUGACAACAGCGACAACAUCGACAACAAUGACACCAGUAACAACAGUGAGAACAGCGACAACAGUAACAACAGUGACAACAGCGCGAAGAAUGGCAAGAGUGACAACUGUGACAACAGCGUCAACAGCGACAAGAGCGACAACAGUGACAACAGCACCAAUAAUGACAACAGUGACAACAUGUACGACAGUGACAACAGUGACAACAGCGACAACAGUGCCAACAGUGAUGACAGCGACAACCGUGAAAACAGCGACAACAGGGACAACAGAUACAACAGCGACAACAGUGACAACAGCCACAACAGCGACAACAGCGAUAACAGUGACAACAGCGACAACAGUGACAAGAGUGAUAACAGCGACAAAAGGGACAACAGUGACAAUAGUGACAACAGCGACAACAGUGAAAAC